ACUCCCUCGUCAACCUCGUCCGUCUCUUUUCCUCACCUUAUCUUCAGGGCCAAUUCAUCCAUCCACCUUCCUCCACGUCUAUCUCAUCUCACCCCGUCCCUGGGCAAACUCCCUUUCUUCUAUUCAACUUGUUCCUUCAUCCUCGGUUCAUGAUCCACAUACAGCCUCCGCCUCCCUUCUACUAAGCAGGUGCUUCAGCCUUCCAUUACCUAGGCACCUCCAAACCUACCUACUUCUACCAACCUACUUACCUACCUGCCGCACUGAGCCUGCUUUGUUGCCGUCCGAUUCAACUAUCAUCAUUACCCAAUCUUCGUCCUGUGGUCUUUCAACACAGCUUCGCGACCCAUACGCCAAACAUCCAUCCACUCCGGCGUCGACACAACUAGCCAACCACCCUGCCGCAUAUCACCAGUUCUGGCCAGCCGGCACACCACUAACACAUCUUGAUUUGUAGAGGAGCUAUCUGAAGCUGAAAUUUGAACUUACCUCACACAGGUCUAACACCACAGCCAGCCAUGUCAUCCUUCGGCCGAUCCUUCACUUCUGCCUCACCCGUGAUGGCUCUCUCACCCCAACCCGUCCAUCAAGCGAGCUAUGGCAUGGAGUCGUACGCGCCCCAAGCCGCGCCUUUUGAUCAAACUGCUUCGUUCCAGCGUUUUGCCGCGCCCUCUGCAAUGCCGGCUGGAAGUCUACGAGUCGCUGGUCGCAAACGCUCACGCGAUGAGGCCGCCCCCAACCUCACAACGGACGACCCUGAGUCGCACUCCGAUCCUAAACAAUCUGAGGACGAAUGGGAAUAUGGUCCGGGCAUGGUUCUCAUCAAGAAAGGAGGCUAUGUUGCGGAUGCCAGCAGCCAGUCCGGCACCUGGGUCGAGGAGAAAGCAGCGCUGGACAACGCCCGCAAAGUCAAGGAGUCCAUCACUCGUCUCCACGAGCAGCAACAACGUCCAUCUCUUCGCAGCAACAAGUCUCAACGCUUGACCCAGUGCGAUACGCGUAGUUCACAAGUGGUCGCCCAGCCACCAACCGUCUCCGCUUCCGAGACACACUCUCUUGACAAUUCGGCACAACCCGUUGUCGACCAAUUUACCUUGCACCUUGGUAUUGGUUGGAGGCGUAUCAGCGAGGACCAACACAUUCAAGCUGCGGCGCGCGGUUGGGCUCGAUACAUUGAGAACCAUUACCCGGUGUCGUCGGCUGUCAUUAGACUCGAAAGCAAGGGGCUUCAAUCAUAUCUCGUCGAGGCCUCAGAGGGCUUUUUUCUCUUUGCAGAGGACCUCCGCCAGGGUCGAUUUGUUAGCAAGGAUGCGGAAGGCGCCAUGAGGAACCUGAAGUGCUCGCCUCCGAUCUUCGACGCUCAGGACACUCUAUUCGCAACAGAGCUGCCGGCAGCAGCCGGCCCAAGCACGCUUGCACCUGAUAACGACAGCCACAUGGAGAUGUAAAGUGCGAAACGCCAAGCAGGCACGGCGACGUCAUCUAUUUGAUUUCUUUCCGUUUGCUGUUCUU